CAGCAAAUGAAGGUGCAACUCGAGAGAGCUGGAGUUGACAACACUAAAGUGGCCCCCCGCAUUAUUCCUUUGGGAAUGAAAUUGUAGUCAUUUGGUAUUUAUGAGAUCUUUUGCUAUGGCACGACACAAAAAGGGGAUAAUGCACUAAGACCCCCAAUCAUAAAAAAGAAGCACGAUAGCGCUUAGCGAACAAAGCCCGCUUAGUGAAUGUUGCAUUCUGAUUCCUGAUCAAGAAAAUUUGAAAUUUUAAUAGCCUCGCCAGCAAGUGGAAUUUGUAUGAAAUAUUGAAAGGAUUCAAGUGUUUUGAUGUUGAAUGGGGAUGAAUUAGCUGUGCAUUGAAAAUUUUCCAGAUUUAAGUGGCGCCCAAUAAAAAAACGAGACGAAACGAAACGAUAGCGACAACAUUUGGCAACCUUAUGUCACACACAGGGCCACUCCCACAUUUGGAAACAAUACCCCACAGCCACUAGCUGUAGCGUACGUCUGGCAUCAUCAUAAGCUAUAUUAUACUGAACGGAAGUUGGGAAUAUAUUUACAUGCAAUCUACGUUAACUGAAUGCAAAUGAAGGCAUGACCAGGGUUGGCAGGAACCAAACGACGGCCAUCAACAUAAACUGAAAGAAACAUACUGCUGCUCCUCCUACUCCUUCUACACACAAGCCGAGCAAGCAGUGUGGAAACGAGCAACAGACGACAGCUGCCCCAUGAAUAUUUGAUAAGGCCAAGACCCAAAACUGUGAAGGAUAAAGGACAAAAGCAGCCAACCAACCUGUCAGCCAACCAGACGCACACACACGUCCCAGCCAAGGAAAAGAAACAACCCAAGAAAUGACAAUAAGUUUACGUAGCCACCACCCACAUCUUCUCCAUAGGUUUGAACAGAUUUUAACGUAAACGGAAAAAUAGCAGGUAAUCUAUUCCAGGAGGAAGAAUACAGAUUAACUUUUAAUCAUCAUCGAAGUGGCAGAGUGGUAACGCAGAGGGGCUUACCACCAAGAACCACAGCCAGGCUUAACAAUACAAUGACCGAUUUAAGACGCUCGGUCGAUACAACAACACGUUUCCAUCAGCAACAGCAGCAACAACAACAACAACACCAUUCGUCAGUCUCACAUGACAGCUAUCGUUCCAGCUGCAAUUCCUCGCCCGAACCCAAAUCUUCCCUGGCACUAUGCCAACAAAGCCUUAGUAAUGGCAGCUACAGACACCCCUUACUGCAAAAUCUCACAGAUCAUCCUCACAUGAACAGCACCAGUGGUGGCAGUUCCUCGACCAGUACCACUGCCACAGCCACCACAAUAGGACGCAGCUCCCAGUAUAUCAGUGAGAACGGCAAUCACAAUUCUUCCAUGGGUGAGAUACAGUUUGACGAGCGGGAAAUCUACUAUGUAUCCCCCUCGAAACGGAAAAGUUCCCUGAGUGGCAGUCAGACGCCAGUGUUGCGCAGCAGCCUAAGGGCCUGUGAACGUCUGCGAUCCUUCAGCCCCACAUCGGCUGCCACCAUAGCUCCCUCGUACCCGCCUAUAAUGCCUUCAGCGGCCUAUGGGGCCCGUCUAAGUGGAACUGCAGGGCAGGAUCUUAGUUUCGACAACUACGAAGCCUCUUCCCAUUAUUCGGAUACAGCAAUGCAAGUCCUGCGAUCGGGCAGCUGUUCAGCCAUGACCAGCCAUUUGAAUACCAACAAUCUCAUUCAGUCUCAAGCAACAACCGGCGGUGGUGCCAAUAGCAGCAACGAUAGCUCCAGCAAUCAACAACGGCCAGGCCAUCAGAACAAUGUCACCUUUUCGAAUCACAUAAGCGAACAGCGGGUUGUGGCGUCUCAGAAUCGUGGUUCACUGCGCCGCAGCAAGGGCCGUAGUAAUCAAUCGCUUUGCAGUUGCGAUGCUGGCUCAGAUGCUGAGCUAAAUCCGGAUCCAACGCGUCCUCUUUACGAAUACAGCCUGGAGCGUCGCCGCAAGGUGCACACAUACACGUGUGAACAAAAUGCCCAGAUAUUGUUGCGUUUGGAACGUGAACGUAAUCGGAAGUUAUCUCUGAGUGGAGGUGGCGGCAGUGGUGGCGCAAUUGCUAUUGGCAGCGGCAGCAAAGAUGAUUUGGAGUACGCAACAAAACGCUAUGUGACCUUCUCCGUGGCAGUGUAUGCUGGCCGGAUUUGCUGUGGAGCCAUGAUGCUGGUGCUAUUUAUGUUUGCUGUUGCACGUAUUGUCGUCGUCGUUGUGGUUGUUGAUGUAGUAACAAAUAAUGACACUGUCGUUGCCGUUGUCACUGGCGCUGCUGAUUAUGAUGAUGCUGGUAAUAGCUGUUGCCUGAUUUCCCGAUGUCACAGCAUUGAUGUCACAGAAGAGGCUAAGGAAACACAAACAACACAGCAAACGAACACGAAAUGA